AAGAAGGCAUUUCCUGUUUCCUGAGAGGCAUUCUGGCUUUUUUCUCCGUUAGACUUGGAAGCGAAAAUCGAGGGCAGAGUCAGAGCAAAGCCACAAUGCAUCGUCUCAUUUUUGGGCAUUCUUUCGCCGUGCUUGUGGCACUGAUCCUUCUCACCGGGCUCGCGUUCUACUUUCUCAAUAAGAAGAAAGCUAGUGUGUGUGGAAAUGCAAAAGAUGCUGAUACUGGCGCAUCUGGUUCAAUGCUUGCGCUGAUAGAAACUGAUUCCGAUGGAUCUAGUUCAUCUCCAAAAAAAAUUGAUAACGUUGCAUCUAGUUCGUCUCCGAUAGAAACUAACAACGGUGCAUCUAGUUCAUUGACCACGUCAACUGGAAACUGCUACGAGGUGUUCUUGAGCUUCAGAGGCCCAGAUACUCGAAAAAGCUUCACCGAUCACCUCUACAAUGGGCUCCUCGGUGCCGGAAUUGAUGUUUUUAGAGACAAUGAUGAGCUCCACCAAGGCGAAAACAUUAGACCAGAGCUUUUGGCAGCCAUCACAAAAAGUAAGAUCCUCAUCCCCAUUCUCUCCGAGAAUUAUGGUACAAGCGGCUGGUGCCUGGACGAACUGGUUCAAAUAAUGGAGUGCAAGAAUAAUAACGAGCGCAUAGUAUUGCCUAUAUUCUACAAAGUAAAACCAGCUGACGUGCGAUAUCAAACUGGGAGUUUUGGAGAUGCAUUUCAUGAGCGUGAGAGGCGUUUGCGUGAGAGGUCUUCUUUCGACCCAACGAUUUUGGGGAAAUGGAAGAAAGCACUCGAUGAAGUUAGCACCUUGAAAGGAUAUGAAGCCGAUGGGUAUGAAGCAGAAUUGGUGAAAUCGGUUGUCCGGAAAGCAUUGAGCGAAUUGAAGAAAAAGUUUGAGUUGGUUAUUUCUGAGAAUUUGGUUGGCAUUGAUAGUCAUGUGAAGAAGGUUAUGGAAUUUGUGGAUGAUAAAUCUCAUGCCACCCUAUUUAUUGGCAUCCACGGAAUGGGAGGCAUUGGUAAGACUACUCUUGCUAAAGCCAUCUACAACAAGCUCUCCAAUCAAUUUGAGCAUUGUAGCUUCAUUGCUGAUAUAAGGGAAUCGUGGAAGCGUGGCGUUCAUUACUUACAGAAUCAGUUAAUCUAUGAUAUAUUGAAGCAAGAAAAUGAAGUUCGUAAUGAGGAUGAAGGGACUCGGUUCAUCUCCUCCAAGUUUAAAGGUAAAAAGGUCCUUGUUCUUCUUGAUGAUGUGGAUAUUGUCCUGCAGUUGAAACAUUUGGCUGGUAAUCGUGAUUGGUUUUCUUCGGGAAGUAGGAUCAUUAUUACCACUAGAAACAAGAGUAUUCUUGAAGAAGUUGGGGUGGACUACGCCUAUGACCAUAAGGAAAUGGAUAGAGAUCAAUCUUUGAUUCUGUUUAGCAAGCAUGCGUUUCGAAAGGACUCUCCUCUAAAGAAAUUUAAGGACCUCACUCAGGAAGUUGUGUCCAUCACCGGAGGACUUCCCUUAUCCCUUGAGGUUUUAGGUUCAUUAUUGUGCGGAAAAAAGCUACCGUUCUGGAGAGGUACAAUAGACAAGUUAAAAAAAGUGCCUCCUAAGGAAGUGCGAGAAAAGUUAAGGAUAAGUUAUGAAGCAUUAGACUAUGAACAAAAACAAAUAUUUUUAGAUAUCGCUUGCUUUUUCAUUGGCACUGACAAGAGAAUCGCAUCCUACAUGUGGGAAGCCUGUCGCUUUUUCCCUGAUGAGGGAAUUGAAGUAUUGAGAUUCACGUCAUUAAUAAAAAUUGGAGAUAAUCAUGGUCUCCGAAUGCAUGAUCAACUGAGAGAUCUUGGUAGGGAAAUAGUCCGCGAGGAAAAUCAGCGGGAGCCUCAAAACCGUAGCAGGUUAUGGGACUUUGAGGAAGUCCAUAAAGUGCUAAAGGAAAAUAAGGGAACAGAAAAGAUUGAGGCGAUUAUUCUGAGUAAAGGCAGCUUAGAAGGCUCCGACAAAAUGGCUAAACGAGAUGGCAACAUUUACACAGCAAAACAAUUCAAGAAUUUGACGAAUCUAAGAUUCCUUCGUAUUGAAGGGGCACAUAUCAGUGGAGAUUUUAAGGACUCAAUUGAGGGGUUAAGGUGGCUUCAAUGGCAAAAAUGUCCCAUGAAUUUUGAAGUAAAAAAUUUUCAUGUAACGAAAUUAGCUGUACUCGAAUUGCAAUACUACCUGAUGGAUGAGAAAUGGAAAGGAUGGAGUUCUUUCCUGAUGGCAGAGAGGCUCAAAUAUCUCAGCCUCGCAGGUUGUGUAUUCUUGCGAAAUACGAUCUUCCUCUCUGCUUUUAAGCAUUUGGAGGUUCUCAUCCUCAAUCGUUGUUGGAAACUGAAGCAGAUCGAUCCUUCAAUUGGAGACAUGAAGGCCCUCCUUCGCUUGGAUUUGAAGGGGUGUCAGUUCCUUAGAAAGCUUCCAGCAGAAAUAGAGUCUCUGGAGAAUCUAGAGAUUUUGAAGAUUUCUGACACCAAUAUAGAAGAAUUACCCAAGGGUAUUGGGAGGUUGAGAAAGCUCCGAGAGUUACGCGCUUCACGUUGCAUCAAACUGAAAGGGGAAUUGCCGGAGAGCAUGUGCAAUCUUUCUUCCCUACAACGCCUUGAUUUUUUUCUCUGCAGACAUCUCCAAUCGUUGCCGGACAAUGUUCCUUCCAGCUUAACAGAUUUGGGCGUCACCUGUCGAAGCUGCAAAUUGCCCUCACUUUCCCACCUAACCCAUCUCAAGCGACUACGAGUUGGUUACUGCCAAGUUCUGAAGUGCAUCGAAGUGCUUCCAUCAACACUAUUGAAGAAUUCAGAAUGCUCCCAACUAACAGACAUUGAAGAAUUAGAAUUACCACAAUCCCUAAACACUCCCUUCGAGUUGGAAAUCUUGGACGUUCGGGGCUGUCGAUCUAUUAAAACAGUGGACGUUUCACAGUUUAUCUAUCUAAGGACAUUAUUCGUCUCUGGUUGCGAUAAUCUAGUUGAAGUUCGAGGUCUUGAACUUGACAAAUUGAUAUAUUUGGAAAGCUUGACUGUCUCAGGAUGCGAUUCAAUUGAGAGACUGCUCCUUCCAAAAUCCAAGAGCCUGAAGAAAUUAGUUGCUCAAUUGUGCAAGAAAUUAGCCGAAAUUCAAGGCCUCGAUAGGUUGGAGUUUUUGGAAAGCCUGAAUGUCUCUAGGAGCGUUUCAAUUAAAAGGCUAGACCUUCCAAAAUCCAGGAGGCUGAAGAUAUUAUACGCUGAUGAAUGCAAAAACUUAGCCGAAAUUCAAGGCCUCGAUAGGUUGGAGUUUUUGGAAGAACUGAGGAUCCGUGGAUGCGAGUCACUCAAGACAAUUCCAGAAUUAUCUGGAGUGCGGAUUUAUCAAAAUUACGAGCAAAAGGCAAUUGGAUAUCCAUUUCGGUCAGCCGUGUGAGUAAUAUACUGAAAAUGGUCCACAUUUUCUAACUAAGGGUACAUAAAGCAGGUAUUCGGGGGAGAUGUUCAUGGAAGUCAAUGUGUGCUUUGGCAAUGUGAUUCUGCUUAUCAUGCCAGCAACGGAAAUAGAAGAAAAGGCUUUCUAAGCGCAUCAUUUGUCAUUAGUUUUCGGGUAUCUGAUAGCAUGCCAAAGGUUAUCGUAUAGGCCGAGAAAUGCUAAAUGAAGGACCCUAUAUGGCAGUCCUUCUAAUGUGAGGUUUUAGUUUGCUUUGCACUCAUCAUGCUGUUCGUGACUGCAUGUUUCUAAGGAUUCGGUUAUCAUGCCACUGCUUGAUGUAAAUGUUGUAAUAUCCAAGAGAACUUUCGCAAGGCAUUUCUAAAA